GUAUCUUCAGUCGUCUUCAUCACUCCAACGAAUCAACCCGAAAGGGAAACAACACAUUGCAACUACAAGCACCAGCCCCAUUUCGAGAUACAUAGCAACAUGAAGUUGUCGUUGGUCUCUGCGUUGUUCGUGGCCACAGCAGUGCUGUCCGUGUCGGCCGAACGGAACGAGAGGCAGCUCUUCUCCUCGUCGCGAUUCUCCUCUUCGGGACUCGUCUUCCCAGGGCCGCCGGCCACUCAAGCCCAUCCACCCAAACAGCAGCUGCAACAACGGGCUGGCAUCCAACAGAGACAAGCCGAACUUCCUGCUGGCGCUAGCAACCAACAGGCGUCGGAGAAAUCCGAUGCGUCCGGUUUCGUCCCGUCCAGCCGUCAGCAACCUCUGCCGCAAGCGCAACGUUUCCAACAAGGUCCCAACUUCGCCAACCGCCCAGGAAAUGGCCCCAGGCCUCCGUUCGUCCCAGGAAGUCAGCAGGAAAGAACUUUGCCGCCAGUCCCACUCUCGUUGAUCGGCCAACAGCCGGAAGAGUUCAUCGCUGCCGCCCAACAACGCCAACAACUGCAGCAGCAACAGCAGCAGCAACAGGCGCAACAGGCCAGACAGCAACAACCCCAGCAGCAGCCCCAGCAACGCCCUCAAAUCAAACCCGAAGAAGAGAACGAGGAACUGCUCACUUCGGCCGAAAUUCAGAGGGAAUUUCCGGAAGAGUUCGUUCCACGCGCACCGGUCCGCCCACAACCUCAGCCUCAACCUCAACAAAGAGAGAACCCCGAGAAGCCGAUCCGAAUUCGACCCCGACCUCAGCAAGAUGAACGGGCCGAGCCAUCGAUUCCUCAGCCAACUCAGCAGCGCCGACCCAACUACCCGUCCGACUACAAACCGCAAGGUCGCCCGCAACAGAAUAACGGACUGGACGAUGAGCGACGCCGGCCACAGCCAAACCAGGCCGCCGAAUCGGAAGACGAAUUGCUCGAUGAGGAAGAAGAGGUCAAGCCGGACAAAUUGCAACUGCUGCUCCAAAAGACAGAUUUCAGCUGCGUCGAAAGGAAGGAUGGCUACUACGCUGACGAGGCCGUCGAAUGUGAAAUCUUCCACUACUGCCAAGAUAAGACUCGCCACUCUUGGCUCUGCCCCGCAGGUGCCUCUUUCCAUCAGGUUCAUCUCAUCUGCAUGCCCGUUGCCAAGGAUAACAUCUGCAAGAAGUCGUCGCAAUUCCACUUUGUCAAUGACUACUUGUACCAGCCGAUGCAGGAUGAGGACGGUAACAACAGCACUCUGUACGCUGAUCGAUACUACCCGGACGGCUACCUGCCUGGAGACGAUAUGGCCGAUGUCGUCGAGCCCGAGAAACCCAAUCUCCAAUACAACAACCGACGCCAGCAAGCUCCUGCACAGAACAAUCGGUCGCAGCAACGGUACAAUCCCGACAGGCCCAACCGGGAACGCGUCCCCAUCAACGAAAACCGAAGGCAGGGAAUUGAGCCAAGACGCCCAGCGUUCCAGGCACCUUCCGCCGAUGAGGAUUCUGCUUACAACAAAUCUCGUGGUGAGGAUUCGCCGAAUCGCCGCGUCGCUAGCCGCCCCCAAAUGGAGGCAGCAGAAGAUGAAGAAGAGGAACAGUAAUUUAUUAAAUUUUUAAAAAUUCAGUUAUUGACAUAUUUGAGAAGAGAGUUUGUUUCGUUUCUGUUUUCACGUUUUUUUUUUUGUUUCCUUGUUUUCCCAUUGAUCUGCUGCUUUGACCGCUAGUGUCACUCGUGUCCUACUAACCGAGAAUGCGCGUAUACUCAAAUUUUUAAGGAAAGAUUAUUACACAUGUGUUGCACGAAAUUUAUUUCAAGAAUCAAGACAACAAUUGGGUUAUACAACCCAUACAACCGGCUACAACGA